UUCUUUUCUCUUCUUGUAUCAAACGUGGUAACAAUUCUCAUCUCUUUCUUGAUUGUUUUCUGUUUAUUUGUCGAUUAAUUUUUAAUUACUAAUCUAAUUUCGAUAUGGAUGACGAAGCUGAUACAUAUAAACUAUGGAGGAUUCGUAAAACAAUCAUGCAGCUUUGCCAUGAUAGAGGUUAUCUUGUUACUCAAGACGAACUUGACCAAACAUUGGAGCAAUUUAAAGAGCAAUUCGGGGAUCGUCCAAGUGAAAGACAUCCAGCCAGAAGUGAUUUAAUUGUACUGGUUGCUCACAAUGACGAUCCUACUGAUCAAAUGUUCGUAUUUUUCCCCGAUGAACCUAAAAUUGGUAUCAAGACGGUAAAAAAUUAUUGCCAACGGAUGCAAGAGGAAAACAUUUCCAGAGCAAUUAUUGUUGUCCAAAUGGGAAUGACACCAAGUGCUAAACAAGCUUUAUCAGACAUGGCACCUAAAUAUAUCUUGGAACAAUUCUUGGAAUCGGAAUUACUAAUAAAUAUCACUGAACAUGAAUUGGUACCUGAGCACGUUGUCUUGACACCCGAAGAGAAAUCUGAGCUUUUGACAAAUUACAAACUGAAAGAAAAUCAACUUAUGAGGAUUCAAGCCAGUGAUCCAGUCGCCCGUUAUUAUGGACUCAAACGAGGACAGGUUGUCAAAAUUAACAGGCCCAGUGAAACUGCGGGAAGAUACAUCUCAUAUCGCUUAGUUGUGUGAAUUUUUGUCCAUUCUGUCAUCAUCAUUCCCUAUCCCGUCAUCUAUAUUUUUAUGUCACAAUUAAAUAAUUCUGGUUCCAUCAAUUCGUGAAUUAAAAAAGGAAAGUCAAUCAAAAAA